AUGAAUGAAUGCCCAGUUUGCGGCGCAGCUAAAAGUAGAAUGGAAAGGCUCAGAAGAAGAGCCCAAGAAUUACCGCAUCGGGAAAGCCAAUACACAACUGCCCCGUCUGUAGAGACCGUCAGGAGUCACUGUGAGUUUGCUGAGCAUGCUCAUCAAGAGCAUGCUGAGGACGCAGAUGAAUUUCUUGUAGAGACAAUCACUUUUCAAAAUCUGCAGGACUAUCAGAUUAGAGUAGUGACAGAGAAAGUUGAUGGCGUUACAGUUGAACACUGUUUCAACCAUCUCGGACAUGAGGCCCGCCCAUCUCAACUGAGAUUAGAGAAGAGUGCCGAGCAAUACAUAGUCUCGCUGUUAAGGGAUGGUCUCACCGUCCGACAAGUGUACAAAAAAGACGGACGACACGGACCCGUUUGGCUUCAACAAGGUGUUUCAACCAUUCUCGACCAAGCGGCUCUUAUGCUUAUGGUAUGUGCAGCAGUGUGUGUAGCUGCACAACUAACAAUUCGACGUCAUCCACUUCCGCAAUGUGUUACUUUUAUACGCUCAGCUCCAACUGACCCAGCUCUUCAAUUCCAAUGA